GAAUAAUUGAGAGUCGGUGAAAAUGGAAUCAAGCAAUUUCAACGAAAAGCGCAUAGUCCUUACGAGCAGAAGGUAAAUCAAUCGCCGAUUGAAGGAUGCGGCAGAAGCAAGCACACACAACUGGACGUAGACAGUUGUCACCAUCUUCUACCACGAAAAGGAAAAACGCUAAUUACUCCGUUAGACGACAAUCGUUGAGCAGCGCAGAGCUGGGGAGCAAGGUACGAGCGCGGUCGCUGGAGCUCGAGACGCGGACAGUUGCACGAGCUCUCUCCCGCCGCCGAAGUUUGAAUCGAGGCACGGAGCUCUACGAAUUUCGAAUUGUGAAAUCGAGACCGGCGAGUCUGUAUCAAAUUCCCGAACGUCGAUCCGGUGGUUGGCGCGUGGGUCCAACGGUCUCGUGGCCGGGCGAGAGUGAGCGGCACUCAAGCGUAUCGUGUCGAACGGAGGUCUCGUCCACUGGAUCCCGAGUCCGGCCUGCCACGCGGACAGACAUGUCCGAAGUUCGCGAAGUCGGCCGAUCGCCAUCCAUCCCCGAGCGCCUUUAUGCUGACGUGACAGCUGACCUGUACCAUCACAUGGCCGUGUACCACCCCUGUCACAUCGGCCUUCCCGCGGCCUGCUCGACGAGAUCUUCCGGGCGACGCGACUGUGACCUCCGGUCGUCCUUCACUCUGGGUCUCGGUGUGUCGUGCCCACAUCGUCCUCCAGUCUUUCUUCCUUGGGACCAUUUCCCUCAAAGCUUCUUUUUCGUGUCUUGUAUCGUACGUGAGAACUGGAGUUGGCGUCGACGGAAUCGUGGAGGAGGAUUGCUCUGGUUUCAACGUUUUGGCCCGACCUCCAUGUGAAGAAAGUUGAACUUGCAAGCGGAUUCGAUGGGUUUCAAUGGCCCGACAGCUAUUCGUCCGUUGUUGCAAUCCAUUGACCUUUGUUCGUUCCUCUGCCUGACUUUGCCAUGUUCUUCCAAUUAUGUAGUGCUCCUUCCUUUUUCAUUGCAGCUGUCAUGCAUACUUUAAGCAAGAGACACUAUGUUGAAAUAAGAGGUUCAAGUUCCAAACUUGCUACAGGAUUGUUCGAGAAAGUUGUUCGCCUUGAACGUGAUGGGCAUUUGCUCCUUGAUUACUGCAUACGAUUCAAUUUCUGUUUUAUUUUUAAUAUGUAGUCUUCCACGACUUUAUGAAGAUUGAUUAGCGUGUCUACCACAAGAUUCCAUUUCCAUUUCUUUUUACUUGGUCCUCUUCUUUUCUUGGAAAUAUGUAAGUUUGUUGUGUUUUUGAAGGUUUGACGACUGUGGCCUGGCGAUUGACUUGUUUACAGUAUCCCGUUCUCUUAUGUACUUCAAGCAUUUUAAUGAAAAUGGAUUCCUGUAGUUAGUCAAGUAGUUUCAAAUGGCAUAGAAUUUCGCUACUCAUUUCGAAGAUGAAACGGCAAUGAAUGCUUUGAUCUAGAG